AUUUAAUAAUAUUAUAUAUACCCAGAUAGCCAAGCGUGAUAGAGCAUAUUGAGCAAACUAAUGCAUUGCAUGUGUUUUCAUAUAUUUGCUGUAAAUUUGCUGACAUUGAAAUAGAAUACGUUACAAAUACAGCUACAUGACUGCUUAUACAUGCAAUCAGUUGACGCAAUUUCAAGAGCAAUAUUGGUACGUUAUGUUGCCUGCAACAUGUCAGCAAUGAAUGAUUCAUCGUUCCAUCUUGAGCAUCAUGAUGCAAACGUGACGGCAACAACACAUAGAUAAUGACUUCCAUCCGUUAUUGCGUACAUGUCAUCAAGCUUGAAGUUUUUUAAUUGUAUCUCGUUGCUAACGAAGUAUUGACAAUAUGAAAUUGUCACAAAUCCCUCACAAAUUGAUGCUGUCACGUUGCAAUCAAUUUGCUGUUAAUAGAAAUAUAAUUCAUAUGAGUUCAACCCGACAAGCAUAAUGCUGUCUCACCAUGUCUCGAGUUUGUCAAAAUUAGUUGCAUUAACGACAAGCUGCUUGUUGGCAACAUGGCAGCAAACUCGCAGCAUUUGGCUAUCUGGUUGUACAAAGGCCCGGUGGACCAAGAUGUUUUCCAAAGAAACUUGGUAAUAGAAAAUCCUAAACAACAGGACAUUCUUCAUGAAUCUGGUCGAUAUUUUCAAAAUACUGAGCAUAGAAGAUUUAAGAGAAAUGUCCUAGGAUAUUGUACACCCUGGAAUGGAAACGGUUUUGAGAUUUCCAAAACAUUUCAUGGCAAGUUUACAAUGGUAUCUCCAGUAUGGUUGGCUUUUUCUUUUGGUAAUACAUCAACCUAUCAAUUGUCCAUUAAUUCUGUCCAGACUAAGUGGAUAAAGGAAAUGAGAGCCAAGAACAAUGUUAAUCAUAUCGUAAAGCUUAUACCUAGAGUAUUAUUUGAACAUUGGUCAAUCGACGACAUUAUUAGGAUAUAUGGUAAUAAAGAGAGUCAAAUUCAAUUAAUAGUAUCUCUCUUAGAUACUGCCAAGACCUUCCACUUUGACGGAUAUGUUUUAGAAAUAUGGAAUCAGUUUGUAUUUGCAGGUGCAAAUUUACAAAUUGUUACUUCUAUAGUCAAAUCCAUUGCACAAAAGUUGAAGAAACAUAAUUUAGAUAUUAUAUUAGCAGUGCCACCAUCUAGAGGUGCACAAAUUGAAUUUUUUUCAAAGCAACAGUUUGAUGAAUUAGCAUUAUAUGUAAAUGCCUUUUCACUUAUGACUUAUGAUUAUUCGAGUAUUCAAAAACCAGGUCCGAAUAGUCCUCUCGAUUGGGCCAGACAAUGUGUAGAAUUGUUAGCUCCAGAGAAAGACGAUCCUAGACGAUCUCAAAUUUUAUUAGGUAUUAACUUCUAUGGUUAUAAUUAUACACCAGAGGGUGGCAGGGCAAUUUUCGCCUCUGAAUAUUUGGAUAUACUGAAAUCAUUCAAAGGAAAGAUUCAUUGGGAUGACAGCAGCAAAGAGCAUUUCUUUGAACCAAAAUUAGCUACAGGUAAUAGCUAUGUCUUCUACCCUACGUUAUAUUCCAUUCAAACUCGAUUAGAACUUGCUAACGAAUUGGGUACAGGAAUCUCGAUUUGGGAAUUAGGUCAAGGAUUGAAUUAUUUUUAUGACUUAUUAUAAGUAGUUACAUAACUUUCCAUUUUAUAUAACAAAAAUUUUGUGAUAUCUAUAUGUAUAUAAAGAUGCAUGUACAUAAAAGAAAGCGACAAAAU